AUUGCAAUUGCUAUUGCACAUAUUUAGGGUUAGGGAUUUAAACAAACCCUUAACCCUAAGUGUUAACGUUUUACGAGUGUUAAAAUUUAAAAAACAUUAUUUGUGCAAUGAGCCAGAGAUAUCUGAAACGGUGGAUUUUUUGUGAAGCAUCUUGCAAUUUUUCUUAAACAACAAAAUAAGGCAGGAGGGACACAAUCCAGAACAUCAUAGAGAUAUUUUUUAUAUGAUCCAGUAAGUAACAUGUAACAAUACGUUUACAACCAUUCCGAACAGCUUUGCAGCCACAUAGCAUCAUACUAGCAUUGUGGUGGCAACAGUAUUUCAGAACAUGUAAAACUGUUUAAUUUAAUAACAUGUAGUUACUGUAGUAAUUUGUCUGUUUUAUAAGUGCCCUAAGAAGUCAAUAAUGGCUAAUUGGUUUGUUUUCAAUUAUGUUCACUUCAACUACUUUGUAAUCUUUUGUAUUUUCACAAAAGAUUUCCCCACAAAGCCACUUUUCUGAAGCCCUCGCGAAAAAGCAGAGAAAAUCCUCACCAUGUAGUUAGAUUUGUAACUGAGCCAGUGAUAUUGUUUGUCUGUUUGUUGUUCCUCUCUCUCUUCUGCCCUCUUGGAGAUAUUUGAUGUGGGCUUUCUGCAGUUCCCAGUGUUUCCUACAGGUGUCCUGUCCACUGUGAGGCUUUCAUCAGAUUGAGGAUUUGGAGUGCAUUAGUGAAGGUCUGAAUCAGAGCAGGCGGUGGAGAGACAGGGAUUGAGAGGAAGAAAAUAAAUGUGAUGAGUGUGGGAGGGAGGAGUCGCAAAUAUACACAGCCCGGAUAAGAGUGGAAAAAAAACAGGUGGAGGACAAAAAAGGACAAUAUUGCACAAAUGGUUGUACUUUACAGAUACAGAGCAAGAGAUGGAGCAGUGUGAGAUUUUAGAUCAGAAACACAGUUUAGACUGCCGUGGUAAUCUGGGACACAGGCAGUGCUGAGAACUAAACAGGUCAUCACAACCUCACAUAGACAUAUGGACAUGAUGGGGGCCAGUCGUCCACUGCCCAAUGCGCCCAAGGAUUCACUAAGUGCUGCAAUAGAGGCCAUCAGUGUGAGCACAGAACUUGUCGAGGAGGAACUAAAGCCAUAUUUGGACACCGUAUUGAAUGUUGCCAUAGAAAGAAAGAAAGGUGCAUCAGAGCAGGUGGUAGAAAGCGGUAUUCUGCCUGUUCUGGCUCAGAUUUUAAGAAUAAAGAGCACGCUCACUACUCACACAGCCAGACUGGUAGCUGAACUGGCCAGAGACGCUCCUGUGAGAGAGCAAUGCUUUGAGACAGGAAUUGUGUCUGCCCUUGUGACCUUUCUGCUAAGCCAAGACCAGGACCUUCUCCUUCACGUUAGCCAGGCCAUCGCAAGAAUUUGCUAUGACAGUAACUUGCAACAAGAGCGAUUCCUGAGGCUUGGAGCUGUCCCACGACUGGUGUCGGUUCUUCUCCAGUACAGUAAAAACGAGGCACUGCUGAGCUCUUGCCUUCUGGCCGUCUGUAACCUGGCCAACAUGGGCGAAGAAGAUGGCUACAUGCUCUCCUGGGAAGAAGGGGCGUAUUUCGUUGAGGGGGAGCGGGUUUUCCGUGGCACCUCACGGUACUCUUUCAGCUUCUCUUCAGCUGUGAUGGUGGUCAGGCUGAAACAGUGGACUAACGGCCAGUACUCUGUGGCAGUAGAAGUGCUUCAAAGGUGCCCCACAUUGCUGUGGGGCGCAAAAAGUGGCCACCAGACUGGACACCGCUUACCGAACUUUGCCCACCUAGGCAGCUGCCCCAAAUUGUAUAAAGUUAUCAGAUGCUCAGUGAAGAACAUUCCGAGAAAGAGGAAUCUGAGGGCAGCAGUGCUUCAUACCCUUUUGUGAGGCUUCAUUGUAGUGCUUUUGGACUCACAAUAAUAAUGAACAUCUGAGGUGGCCUAAACUGGUGAUCUGGUGUGAACCAUGUCCCAACAUUUAAGGAGCUCAUUUCAGCCAUUCGUAAAAAGAAUGGAUCUGAAAGCACAAACAUAGAAUAUAAUUGCUCUCGUUUUCCAAUAGCUCAGAUGUCAUGUCUGAAUGCGUUCCACCUGAACCCGAGGGUACCAAAAAAGAGCCAAAAUCACAGGCCAGGUCACAAGACAUGUUGUGUCCAGGCAGUUUAAGUCCUAUAGAUCUACGCUGACUGUACAUAGAACAUGAGAACAGGUGGACGCCGUGCUGCAAUCUGCUAGCCUUUCUGAACUCUGUGAUUAGUCUAUAAGAGGCCUUACAGUAGUGGAUUAUCCAGACCCAGCGCUCAGGGUCAGAGCAGCUACAUGCACCAAUGGAAAUAGAUUAACAGAUGAAAAUUGUGUCUUAUAUUUACAGACUUUGGGUCCAAACACAGUCCAGGUUAAAGCAGACUUACCUAAUGUACCAAAUAAAAAA